CGUAUCCACACCCAAGAUCAACUUCGUAAUGACAGAAACAGACUAUCUUAAAAGCGAUGUCAUCGAGGACUCCAUCGACGAAAUCGUGAAUCGAUAUCACCCUGAGAAGCGUAAUUACAAGUGGGAUAUGGCAGGGGGUGUUCACUUCUGUCUCACCGUUGUAUCCACUAUAGGUUAUGGCCUCGUGGUUCCUCGGACCCAGCUUGGGCGUGCUGUAUGCGUCAUCUACGCCAUGAUCGGAAUCCCUAUCAACAUCAUCUUCAUGGCUGGUAUUGGACGAGUAAUCGCCCGUCUCAUCGACCGCACUUACUGCAUGUGUUUACGAGCUUUCCGCAACUGUCCAUGUUACAAAAGCCAACCAAAGCAAGAUCAUCAGAACAAAGAAUGUUGUUCCGGUAAAACUCGCCAAUGCAGGCCCAGCGCGCAUAUUAAUCGGGUAGAUCGUGAGGGCGCUACACUGCCUGACCCUGGCACGGAGAAAGAUAAACAGCGAUGUGAUAGGCUUGAAGAGACGUGUGACAAAGUGACCAGGUCAUCAGUGUUCCACGUGAUAUAUUCUGAUUGGACAGAGACUAGUUUCACGGGAUCCGCUCUUCCCGAAGUUAAUGUCGUGGAUCGAAAACCUGGGGAAGCGAAAUCCUGUCACGACGGCGAUGAAGCUGACGGGCCUGAAACAGAAGAUUUGGACAUUGAUACGAAGGAUUGUGAGAGUCCGCUCGCUCCAGUCUGGUUCGUCAUCUUUUUCGUUCUUAUUGUGGUAAGCUUAUUCACCAUCUUAAUAUGGAACUCCGGUAUUCUGGAAGAUGAGUGGACCUUGAUUGAUCUCAUAUACUUCAAAUUUAUCACGUAUUCUACCAUCGGUUUCGGUGAUCUCUUUAUCAAUGCACCAAAAGGUGCAAAUCACAGUCUGUCUGUUUUUAUUGAUGUAGUAAUUAUUGUUGUUGGCAUGUCUUUGGUAUCUACGGUUAUCAAUAUCUUGACUUCCUCGAACCGGUGUGAUCAAGCACUCAAUUUUGCCACGUGUUUAUUACAGACAAUGUGGCAGUAUAUUUCGAAUGUAUUAUGCAGGAAAGAUCGCAUAUAAAGAGAUCACGCAUGGUAGCAAUGUAGGAUAAACUGACAGUACUACUAUUUCCUGAACAAUUUUAAAUCUAUACAAUUAUUGUCAACGGAGUGACUGAUACGGAAUUAAAUUGUUUUGUUUGUUUG